AUGGCGACCGCUUCUUCUUCUUCUCCCUCGCACUCGAACUCUGUAAUCCCUCUUCCUCGUAGCUUCCUUUUCAGAAACAACUCCAAGGGAAACUUUGACAGGUUCAUCCCAAACAGAUCGGCCAUGGAUUUUGACUACGCUCACUUCGCUCUAACGGAAGGAAGAGGAGAAGAGGAAAAAGAGGAGCUAAGUUCAUCUAGAAGAGCAUACAACAAGAGUUUGGCUGAGACUUUGAAUCUGAACCGAACAAGAAUCCUCGCCUUCAUGAACAAACCUUAUUCCAAAGAAGCCUCUGCUUCUUCUCUUCACCUACAACAGUUUAAACCACCCUUGAAGCCUCCUCGACGCAUCCCUAACAGUCCCGACAGAAUUUUGGACGCUCCUGGAAUUGUCGAUGACUUCUACCUCAACAUUCUAGACUGGGGCAGUGCGAACAUGUUAGCCAUCGCCUUGGACAACUCUGUUUGUCUCUGGAACGUUUCCACUGGCUCUGCGACUGAGUUUGUCGUGUAUGAAGAAGAUAAAGGACCUGUCACAAGCCUUAACUGGGCACAUGAUGGGAUUCAUCUCGGAGUUGGGCUCAACAACGGUGAGGUAGAUAUUUGGGAUUGUGAAAGUGAAACUCUACAGAGAACGUUGGAAGGUUGCCACUACACACGUGUAGGGUCGUUGGCGUGGAACAGUGACAUCUUGACCACGGGUGGGAUGGAUGGAAGGAUCUUAAACAACGAUGUGAGGAUCAGGUCACACGUUGUGGCGACUUACAAGGGUCACAGUCAAGAGGUGUGUGGGCUCAAGUGGUCAGGAUGUGGUCAGAGACUUGCGAGUGGUGGUAAUGACAGAUUAGUACAUAUUUGGGAUCGUUCUAGCUCUACGCGGUGGCUGCAGAGGCUCAGGGGACAUAGUUCUGCAGUUAAAGCUCUCGCUUGGUGUCCUUUCCAAAGCAAUUUGCUUGCAACUGGCGGUGGGGAAGGUGAUAGGAAGGUGAAGUUUUGGAACGCUGAGAGAGGGGCUUGCUUGAAUACGGUUGACACUGGCUCCCAAGUUUCUUCUCUGUUAUGGAGCAAAAACGAGAGAGAGCUGCUUGGUUCACAUGGGUCUCAGCUCACACUUUGGAAGUAUCCAUCGAUGGUGAAAAUGGCUGAGCUCCCUGGUCAUACAUCAAGAAUCCUGUCGAUGGCGCAGAGUCCGGAUGGUUGUACUGUGGUUUCAAUAGCUGGAGAUGAGGCCCUCAAGGUUUGGAAUGUUUUUGGAGCACCUGAGACAGCCAAAAAAGCUGUUCCAAAAGCAGCUCGUGAGCCGUUUUCUCGUGUGGGUGGUAUUCGUUGAGACUGUGAAAACUACAAUGAGAGCCACUGAAGAUAAUUGAUAGGAUUACAGAUUCAUUAUUCAUUUAACAAGCCGG